UUCUUAUCACGAAAUGGCGGUAAUUGUUGAAUUUCAAUUUAACUUUUUCUUACGUUUUAAUUUUUUCAGUGAUCUGCAUAAAAUAUAAAGUACAUAUAUAUCCACAAAUUCACUAUUUAAAGGACGUACUCGGAUCUGGCUCGAUUUACUGUAUAAGAACUGAAUAUGAAAAAGAACAGCGGUAGUAAAUCGAAGAAUGGAGAAUUUCAAAAAUUGAAAACUUGCCCUCAACGAUCACCCGAACCUUCCUCAGAUGUCGUGGACGAUGAAAGUAGUGUCGAAGCCAGCGCCGCCGAAGCUGAACCUGUUGAGACGAAUAAUGUGUAUGAAAAUAAAACUUCCAACGAACAAGCGUCCUUCCCAGUUAACGACGAAGACAUCGCUAAUAUCCAGUUGCCCUCGGAUGAUUUACAAACAUCCGCUGCAAUAGCUGAUAUCGAGUUGCCCUCCGACAAUGUACAAUUAUCCGACGCAAUAGCUGAAAUUCGUUUGCCUGCUGAUUCGCCUACUAGCGUCACAGUAGCUGAUAUUCAAUUACCUUCUAACGACGUACAAUCUCCCACUGCAAUAGCCAAUAUUCAAUUACCCUCUGACGAUGUAGAAUGUGCAUCGAUACCUGAAGAAACGUCACAGAGUUCACCCAUCGCACCUGGUCAAACUAGUGUUCCUCUACAAGGAUCAGAACAACCGCAUAGUUCGCCUACAGUUUCAGAGCCUGAAGAUGUCAUUUGGGUAAAGAAAGGCAUGUACCACCACUGUGAAAGCUCGUUCAGUCAACUUUGCAGCUGCCUUGAGCCAAAGUUAACGCACAUAGUGUCUUUUUUCCACCGCGUCAAAGAUAUGGAGAAAAAUGCAGAUGAAAGCCAGCUACAAAGAGCUAAACUGAUCAAUAGUGUUGAUUACGCGCGCCAUUCUCUACUUAUUGAGAACGAGCCGGUAGAUGAUGCUUCACUCGGAAGUAUAUUGACAGCUUCGCAAUAUGCGGUUGAUAAUUUUGACCACGCAUCACUUUUCUAUUUGAGAGAGAUCCAUAGAAUGCUGGAACCAGACUGUGAGGAAGUCGGCGUAUUUCGAAGCCAAGACGUUUUCAUUAGCUCAACGAUUGCUAGGUGUACAGCGACGGAGCCUUCAAGAAUCGAAGAAGAAUUGGAAGAAGUGAUUCGUAUGUUAAGAUCUGUGUCGAGAGAAGACGAAGAAACAGUAGUAUUUACUGCUAUGAAAGCUAAAGUACGGUUUGUCUUGACGCACCCCUUCCAGGAUGGGAAUGGAAGGUGCAGCCGCGUGUUGUUAGACGCUACUCUCAGAAAAAUAAAUUUCCCGUUCGUUAUAAUUCCGCAUGAUCGUACAUCAGACUAUUGUGGAUCGCUACACGCCGCUCGUAGACUUGACAAUUACUCGCCGAUUUAUAGUUUUUUACUGGAAUGCAUUGAAGAAUCAUUACAAAUGUAUGUUGAUCUACUCGUAUCGUAGGUGGCUGUAACACGAGUUACAUUUUGCUUUUCUGGUAUUUUCUUUUAUAUUUAAUGAUUUUAGUAUUCAUCAUAAAUUGCAAUUGACUGAUAAGUGAUAACUUUUAAUGUAGAAACUUGUGAUUUUCACUUGUGAUAGUAUGUUUUAACGUGCAUCUGGUUUGAAAACGAAUUAUAUGUAUUGUAAUAGUAAUGUACCGACGUUGAAGAUACAUAAUGUAUGAACAUUUUUGUACCUUGUAAUUUUUUUAAAAUAUUGAAAUACGUAA